AUGUCAAGUCAUGAUAAACCUUUAAAAAUAGGUCUUACCAAUUGGAUUGAGGAGUAUAAUAAUUCAAUAUGCAAUUCUGAUGAGCUGCUGAAUAGGAUACAGACAUUUAUAACAAGUUAUGAACAAGUGGAAAAAGAUGAAGAAAAGCAAUCAAAAGAGGAAGUUACAGAUGAGGAAGGAUGGACACUAGUUACAAGAGGUGGAAGAAGACCUGGCCUUUCAAGAAAGGAAAGGCUUGAAGCAAAAUUGAAUGAGAAGACUGCCAAAUCAUCAAAGAAGAAAGAGUUGAAGAAUUUCUAUACUUUCCAAAUAAGGGAAUCUCAGAUGAAACACAUUGCUACUUUGAGGAAGAAUUUUGAAGAAGCAAAGAAGAAAGUUAAUCUGAUGAAGCAAUCUAGGAGGUUUAAACCAUGCUAA